AAUAAAUAAUAUCCAAGAAAAUGAAGUUCCUCCAAAAACUUCUGUGCUGUAAAACGAGAAGAAGAAAUGAAGAGGCAGUAGACCCCCUAGAGAGAUUGUCUAAAGAUGUUGUAAAAGAGCGCGUGACUAAAACUGGGAAGCAACCCCAAGGCAUGCCUAAAUGGGUAGAGAUGAAAUGCAACUCCUUGGUCUAUCUUAAGCAGCUAAUGAAAAAUAACAGGAAGAAAAAGUUACUUCUUGUUAAACAGGAGAAGGAUCAAAAGAAAGACCAAAAUAAAGAAAAAGAGGAAAACAAAGAGACUGACAAAAAAGAGGUUGCAGAAAUGGUUGAGAAUGAUAGUAACCAACAGGAAGUCUUAAAGUCCCAGACUAAUGAAAGUAUGAGCAUGAUGUGCCCAAUCUGUCAUUUCUUCAUGUACAAAAGUGUCUGUGCCACCUGUGGACACAUGUUCUGCCAAUACUGCCUUGACGAAUACCUCAUUUUUAAAGAUAGUUGCCCAGUCUGUGAAAAAUCUAUAAGAAAGGGUAAAAUUACAAGAUGUUGAGUCGCUGAUUCAGCUAUUGAGAAGAUGCUAAUGUUCUCUAAAGAAGAAUACUCCAAGGAGUAUGCUCUUAAGGUCAAAUUUGAGGAUGAGUAUUUUGCUAAAAAGAAGUUAAAUGAGUCUAUAAUAGAGAAAUUUAGUCAGGAAACUCCAGAAAUCAUUAUUGAUGCUAGAGACAGUGAAUACAUCUGGUGCAAAGCUGAAAUUAUAGCUGUUAUUGAAUCCAAAGAGAAAGACAACAGCAUUCUGGUGCACUAUUGUGGCUGGGGGAGGAAAUAUGACGAGGUUCUUCCCUUAAAUUCACCCAGAAUUGCUAAUGCUGGGUUCUAUACUUCAAGAACAGAUAUUCCUUACUACCAAAGCACAGAUAAUAAGGCAAAGAAGCCAGUCUUGAACAUGCCUAUUAGUAACGAGAAAAUAGAUAUUAUCGAAGAGUUAAAGAAGGACUGAAUGAGAGACAAUGAUGAUGAAGAUGAAAACAAGAGAAGAAUUGGAGAGCCUGGCGAAGAGCCCCUCAAUGAAGAAGAAGUUUAUGAUUACCUUAUUGAUAAAGUAAGCAAUCGUAACAGAAGCGCCCACAGCAGGGAACCUUUCAGACUCAAUACCCAGACCACCUCAGUGUUCGACUUGAAUCCAUUUGAAAGAUCUAACAGGGAUGUCAGGAUUAGGGUAAAUACUAAUGGACUAAAUAGACUUAGAGGAAUGUUUAAUAGAAACCAUUUCUAAAUAUUAUCUAAUGCUUGAUCAAGCUUAAUGAUUUUCAAAAUUUAAACUCUCUUAAGGUUCACCGGCAUCUUCUUCCUGGGGAUGAACAGCCA